AUGGCGGUUGCCUCAUUCCUACUGCACCUCAUACUUGGCGCGAGCGGAUUAGGGAUCAGUCUCACCGCUCCUUCCUUCACUGUGAACCACGCCGCUCACAGUCGCAUCCGAACCAUCUGGAGGUUUGCCAACCUCUACAUCUUCAGCUCCACGGGCACUCCUAACUCACAGUUUUCACUCUAUCAUUCCUCUAUGCGGCUACUACAUACCACGACGGGACACUUCGUCGAGGUCCCGGAUUUUACAGAGGCGAAAUACGCCAUUCUCUCCCAUACCUGGGAAUCCAGCGGCGAGCAGACGUACCAGGAGCUCAAGGAGAUCCAGAAGUCGUACGGCCCAGACGGUCAGCCUCGGGCGAUCCCAUCUCCAUUGUCAAUCCUGCCGAUACAUCCUCGCCUCCUGCCCCACAACAACCUUCGACGCCAAGACGAGCCCGAUUCUCCCGCGCGGGAGCAGGUGCCUGCGAUCUGGCGGGACCCUCGGCUCUCCGAGAAGUUGUCCGAACCGAUCAAUUCGAUGUACAUCUGGCACGGCGAUUCCGACGUCUGCUAUGCCUUUCUCGCGGAUGUUCCUCCCGAGGACGAUAUUCGGGCGAACGGCUCCCGCUUCCAGACGAGCAGAUGGUUCACCCGCGGAUGGACGCUGCAGGAGCUCAUCGCACCUCGUAAGCUCUUAUUCCUAUCGGAGGACUGGCGCGAAAUAGGCUCGAAGAGCUAUCUAUCCCCUCUCCUGCACGGCUUCACCGGCAUCGACGUCGAUAUCCUACUACAUUAG